UGCGAUGUUGAAUUGUAAAAAUUUAGUUUCUCAAUAAUGAAUAUUGACGAUGGCGACUGGCUAGUGUACGUUUCUAUGUAAUGUGCAUUGUAUUAGCCCUUUUACGGCUAUUACUGCUGUUCUCCUUGGGUGUAGGUCAAUUCUGCCACUGCUACAAACCAUUACCUUGUCUUCCACUAAAAAAGCGACAAUCUAGACUCAGUGGAAAUCCAAUACAUCGCAGCAAUCAGCAUUGGGGUCCCAUUGGUCGUGGGCGCAGUGCUUCUGAGGCAGAAUGGGAUAAAUUUGUAGAAGAGGUGUUAUCCAAUCCCGCUUUGGAAGCAUCUGAGGCAAAGGAAGAGCCGAAAACUUUGUUUAAGAACACCGAGAAUGAUAACAUUCUUAAAGGUUUAGGCAAAAAACAUUACCAAGGCACCUUAGACGAAAUUAGGACAGAAGUAAAUGUUCGUGUUCGAAGGGAAAAAGAAUCUAUAUCUGAAGAUGGAACAACAGAAGCUGUUGAAAAACCGGUAACAGAGUCGGUGGAUAAUGCCAUAUUUCGUGAUUUCGAUGCCUGUGGUAAAAAAACAAGGUUUGUGGCUGCUAACAACUUUCCUACUGCCAAGGUAUUGGAUUCGAAGUACAUUAUUGAAGGGUUGAAGUUCCGACGUUUGGGCGACAGCGACUUGGUCAUAAGUGAAUUGGGUAUUGGGACAUCAAUGUAUGACAAUAUUGAGCUUAUUGACCAUGAUCAUGCCGUUGAGAUUUUGGAAACUGCGAACAAACGCUAUGGAAUCAAUUUUUUUGACACUUGUGAGUACGACCCUUAUCCUUAUGAGCCUCGGAGUUACCUUGAAGGGCAGCAUAAAAGCCUGAAUGCAUUUUUGAAACGCGUCCGAAGGGAAGACGUUGUCAUUAGCGGCCGAAUAUCAUCCAGCAAUUUGGGCAAACAUCGCACCUCAGGUCGCUUUCUUUCAUGGGUUCGCAAUGACAUUUCAUCUCCUCCCAAACUAUCGGUUAUCGAAGGUGCCAUUGAUCGUCUAUUAUCUCGAUUAGGCACUGACUAUAUUGACAUCAUGUCUUUUGUCCACCCAUACCGCUAUGUACCUAAUGCUCAUCUUGGUGAGGACACUUACUGUUGGGGUUUUGAGAGAGAUGUUUUUACUGGUUCAUCUCCAUCAAGUGCUGAAGAUCCUGGUUACGAUGCUGAUGCAUUACUCGAUGCGCAGUGUGAUAUAUUUGAGCAACUAGUAGCCAAGGGUAAAGUGAGGGCCAUUGGACUGUCUAAUGAGACUGUUUGGGGUUUGUAUCAAUUUACUCAGAAAGAAGGUCGUAAAUUCCCGAUAGCUUGUACUCAGCAGAUGUAUAACCUACUUCAUCGCAAUGAGUUGGAAUCCAGUGGCAUGUCUGAAGCUGUUUUAAAGGAACGGUUCAACUGUCCAGUGGUGGCUUAUGGUAUCCUUGCUGGUGGCAUUUUAACUGGGAAAUACAUUGAUCCUGAGAGGCAUAAUCCUAUGGGUGCUGACAAGACCAAGGAGAGAUCUACUCUUGCUGAUACUAACGACUAUCCUGGUGACUACGAGAUACCCGAAGACUAUGGUCACUUGCAUUACGGUCCUUCUAAUGCUCGUUGCAAUCUAUUUCCCGAUACGUUCCACACUCACAGGACUAUUUGGUCUCAGCAUGCUACCGCUGAAUACUUGAAACUAGCUCGCACUCAUGGAAUGACGUUGUCUCAGUUGAGUAUUUCCUGGUCAUUGACCAGACCAUUUAUUGCAUCGUGUCUAGUUGCUCCUCGUACUAUAGGUCAAUUACACGAGACUAUUGGUGCAAUGAACUAUCCCAUGACUCGCGAGAUAGAGCGUGACGUCCAUGAGAUAUUUUUACGAUACCGUGCUCCCACUAUGGGUGGACCUCAAUUGUUGACUCGUUUGGAUGAUGACUUCUGCGUACCCAUGUCACAAAACGAACGGUUGCGUCGUGGCACAGUUCCCAUUUGGAGUGGCGGUUCUUACUGGGACAUGGACAGGAUACCUACCCUAGAGCGCAUUGCGAAUGAGCUGCAACACGAUGAAGAGUAUAUCCAGAUUAAGGCUCUUUUUGGUUUGUUGGACAAGCCUAAUGACCUUCGGUGGAAUAACUACCGUUGCUGGGUUGAGCGUAUCAAUGAGGGUUUGCCAGGUGAAUACGUUGCUAUUAAAGAGAGCAAGCUAUUUGGUUGGGACAUUAUGAAACUUGACGAGUUUACGUUAGUCCCUAAAACUCCUGAGGAGGUUGCUGAAGAUGACACUAGCGACUUCCACUUUUAUUGGAAGGGUGGCAAGGUUUACGUUGGCCCAACAUCUGAUGCUGUUAGGGCAUUUUACGACGACCGUGUGGCUGUUUGUAACGUGAUUCACUGGCGUGAGGAGAGCUUUAAGCGUGGUCAUCGUGUAAAGGAACUUCCUGAAGGCAUGCAUAUAUGGUCACCUCUUGAUGCUGAUCUUGUAUUCAAGCGUUUGCGUGACAAGUUCAAUAUAGACAUUACUGAGCCUCGUUUAUUGGAGCGAGUUCUGUUAGAAUGUGGUAGGGAUGUUGUUGCUUUAUCUGCUGAUGAGCGUCGUUGUGAGAAGUUUGCUUACUACGAAAACCGGAAGCACCUUUUAGAUCGGGAUAAUUCAGUUGACCCUGAAACUCAGCGUCCUGUUGGUGAGCCAUGAAUUUGGCCAGUCGUGAAUACCAUUCUACAU